CUUGGACGAUUGACGGACUGUCCGUCACAAUGACGGACGUCUGGUCACCCUACUAAUAGGACAUCGCGGUGAAUCACCCUGUAUACGCGCACAUUUUGUUGACUUACAUAGGUCAAAAAUACAUUUUCAAACAGCUCAUCUUUCCUGACUCAAUAGAACUUUCGGAGACAAUAUUUCAUUUUCAGCAUAACAUCAAUAACACGGCAUCCCAUGCUAAAAAGCUCCUGAAACACAAUUUCCUCCCUUUAUUUACACGGCACUUCCAUCCCGAGGUGGGCGUUUCAUGAACGCUUGCGCGAUGGCAGCGCCCUGUAUGCUAAAGUUUGUCAGUGUGACCUGAACUGAACAGCCAUAUGCUCGAAAAUACGGGUCGAUUUUGUGUAGAACUUUGUUUUUAUAUUUGAGAUGAGCCAAUCAGUCCACAUUUUUAUACGAUAAGCUCUUUUGCAUUAUCGAGUUUAGGUAAAUAUUUCGAAGCACUUUCAGAACACGGUGCUAUUAGUUCAAUGCUCGGAGACUAUUGACGUGGCAGAUUUGAAGUGUCGAAUAGUUUGAAUUUUAUCGUAAUAACACUAACUGUUUGAAAUGGGAGCAAAAGGAAGUGUCGAAGCUGCUAAGUGUAAUGCACAAAACUGGAAUAACUUGGAGCACAAGCAUAAAUCAGCGUUACAUCAACGGUCACUUUCAUUGAACAGAGGUAAUCGGGGACAAUGGGGUUCUAGCAGAGCAACAGAAUUUGGCGGUGAUAUGUGGUGACAACGGGGGCAGUGUCAGUGCCCUGUCUCAGCAAUGGGUAAUAAGUUGAGCUGCAGUUGUGCACCUCUUCUUCGCAAAGCGUAUAGAUACGAAGACUCUCCAUGGCAAACGUCACGAAGAAGAGAUGGUCAUCUAUUGAGGCUGUGGGCAGAAGUUUUUCACGUAUCAGCUAGUGGAGCUGGUACGGUGAAAUGGCAGCAAGUCAGUGAAGAUUUAGUUCCUGUUAACAUAACCUGCAUUCAAGAUUCACCUGAAUGUGUGUUCCACAUCACGGCGUACAAUUCACAGGUCGACAAAAUAUUAGAUGUACGGCUGGUUCAACCAGGUACACGGAUAGGUCAAGCAUCCGAAUGUUUCGUAUACUGGAAAGAUCCAAUGACCAACGACACGUGGGGUUUGAAUUUUACCUCACCAAUUGAUGCAAAACAAUUCAAAGAUUGUUGUUGUGAUUUAUUACAGUCGCCGUCUUUCAAGUUUUCCCGCAAAGCAUCGUCCUCUUACUCACUCAAAUUAGAACCACCCACUAAGCAGAAGAUCAAAGCGAAAAGAAAACCCCUCAGUACUCCGGCAUCACCAAGUAGAGCCAGAGAUCCGCAGUGCACUUGUAUGACAGCUGAGCAGUAUGCCAGGCUCAAAGCACAGGAUCCGAGAUAUAGGGGUUCUUCUACUCUUCCUAGGGUGACUACUAGAGGAAGUGAUAUAGACGGUAGACCAGAAAAAGUAACUGCUGCUACAUCUUCCACUAGUCUUUAUGAUAAUGUUGGUGCUUCUCAGAAUUUCUGUUCGCCAGCAGGUUCAAAGGGAGCGCACAAGGAAGGAAGUCAAAAUAAGCAAAUGAGGCAACAGUCUCAAGAGACAAGUACUAUGACAUCCAAUACGGCCACUAGUCCAAAGGCUGCUACCGCAUCUGUAGGCACUCAAAACAACGUUCAAACUGAGACUCCAUCGCAAACAACUGAAAAUUCCAAAUCAGAAGGAACACAAGCUGGUGGUACUCUUCAGAAUACAAAAAUAUCAUCAACCGCAAAUCGAACCCCAUCACGAGAUAAUCACAGGCUAAUGAACAACAAAUCAUUCGAUUACUCCGACGUGGACAUUGUGGACGAAGUCGAACUUAUGUCCACGCAUCAUCAUAAUAUCAUCAACAAUAAUCUGACGAGUAGUAGGAGAACGAAAUCGAAAAGUACAGAGGAUAUGAACAGGGAAAGUGGUAUGACGUUAGACAGCAACACCCUGAAGAAAAUGUUGAAGCCUAUGGCUAGUCUAGAAAGUCCGGUGACGUCACCCGAAAUGGGCAGAAAAAGGUACAACGGACAUUUCCAUAGACAUCCAAACAAUUUCAAUGGAAGACAUUAUGAACAUGAAAACCAUAUCCAUCCAAGAUCGGCCAUGUCACAAAAUUCCAGAUCUGGUGGCUCAAGAUCCUCUCAUGAAAUUGGUCGUGGAUUUCCUGGUAGAGGGCUGUACUUAGAAUUGGAAAGGGGUGCCUAUGGAGAUAUAUCUCCUCCUUCAGACAACGUUAUCUUUGACAAUCAGUGCUAUGCAACUACUCCCAGCUCAAGUAAUGGCAAUUCAGAUCCCGAACAGUCAGGGCAUUAUCAUAUCAGAGGAAGACAACUACAUCAUCAGAACGCCAACGCUAGUUCCACUCCGAGUUCCCCAACCAGUCGUCUACUUCUUGAGUACGAAAUGCAUCUCCGAAAUACAUUGGCUAAAGGAAUGGAUGCUGAAAGCUACAGUUUGCACACAUUCGAAGCAUUAUUGAGCCAGAGUUUGGAAAAUUUAGAAUUUGCUGAGAAUCUUCCCGGAUCGAAUCAGAGGAGACCUUAUCCGAUGAAAAAACGAACAAACUCCAAUAUGACAAUGAACAAAUCUGCCGCCUUAUCGCUGCAACAUAGACUGAACACAAUCGAAAGAAUGCGAGAGCGUGACAGAGAAAGAGAUGGUUAUUACAGUGAUAGAAAUGAAUUGAUGAGAGAAAGAGAAAAAGAAAGAGAACGUGGUUAUCUCAGUGACCACAAUAGCAGUUCUCGGUGUGCUUCCUGUAUAAGCGAUUCUAGCAGAGCUCAAUGGUUUCGACAUUCUGAUGGAUGGCGUUCAGGAAGUUCAACAUUUAGCUCAACUCAUGGACCACUACAAGGUCAUAAGAGAUCACCUUGGGACUCUCUACCUUCCCUCCGGCAAGAUAGUAGUUUGAACGACAGUGGUUAUAAAAGCAACAAAAAUGAUAGUUUCGAUCAACGUAGUAUUUUUGAUCAUCAAGAUAGUCAACGUUCGGAUUAUGUGAGCGACAAAGAGUCUUCCAGAUACGGAAUUGUUCAACAGGCUUCCAUUGAAAGCGCAGACUCUAGAUUGUGUUAUUUGACAUCAUCUGAGAUCUCUGACGACGACCGCAUGUCCCUGACGACCGCUGUCUCUGACGAAGACGAUGGUGAGAGCACAAUGAACUCCCCGCAUAAAGCGAAGCAGACAGGAACGGCUGCAGCUUCUUUCAAUUGUACUGGUGCUGUCAGGAAAGCAGGAUUCCUCAGCGUCAAGAAAUGGCUCCUUAGGAAGAAACAUCAAAUUGAAUUAGCAAGAAAAAGAGGUUGGAAAGGUUAUUGGGUGUGUUUAAAAGGUACUACCUUGCUUUUUUACCCAUGCGAUUCACGAGAAGGACGAUCUGUGGAAGCUGCUCCGAAACACCUCAUAAUCGUAGAUGGUGCCAUCAUGCAACCUAUCCCAGAGCAUCCGAAGAGGGACUACAUAUUUUGUUUGAGCACCGCGUUCGGUGAUGCUUAUCUUUUCCAAGCUCCUUGUCAAGUGGAACUGGAAAACUGGGUAAACAGUAUUCAUGGUGCAUGCGCAGCUGCUUUUGCUCGUCAUCGAGGAAAGACAGGAACCUUGCAUUUGCUGCAAGAAGAAAUAUUCAGACUAGAAAAAGCCAUGGAUACAGAUUACAAAAUGAAACAUAUGGCGGAAAUGCAACAUUCUGUUUUGGGGGAUUCGGAAACACGUCAGCAAAUUACCAGUCAAGUAAUGCAGAGGGAAGAGAAUCUAGAACGGCUUCACUGUGAGCAGUUCAGACUCCGUUGUUACAUGGCCAGUUUACAAAGUGGUGAGCUGCCCAAUCCCAAAUCCCUUUUAACCUACGUCUCAAGACCAACGAAAAACAUAUUGAACAAACUUGGAGUAUUCACAGUAUCGUCUUUCCAUGCUUUCAUUUGUGCCAGAAGUCCUUCUUUACUCAAUAAUUUGCUAGCAGGACGAGGGGCGACAAAAAGAAGGUUGCCCAUGUUGUCAAGAUCUAACAGCGGAUCAAGCCGGAGAUCAAUGCAGACGAACAGUAGGGAAGAAUCUGAGGAAUCUGUCACCGUUUCACUGCCUGAUAAUUCUAGUGCCACCGUUUAUGUGAAAGAUUCAAUGUCAGUAGAGGAGUUCCUAGCAAGUGCAUGUGGCCGAAAAAAUUUGAGUUCAACAGAACAUUUCGUGAGGGUAAAAAAAAGGAAGGAUAUGGAAGAACACAAUUAUUUCGUACCACAUAGAAGUGACCUUAUAGAUACAUACUUGCAUACGCACGAGGUGGUCGAAGUUUGUGCUAAAAUUUUGUAUCAGGUGGAACUAGCCCGGAGCACCCUGGAGCAGAUGUGGGGUUUCAGUGUUGAGGCUGAAUUAGUCGAAAAUGCAGAUAGGCAAGAUGAGCUCUGCUGUUACGUGAGUCGGGUAGAAGACAAAAGUGUUGCCAUGCAAAACGGAAUUAUAAAAGGCGAUGAAAUUAUGGUCAUCAAUGGAGCAAUCGUGUCUGACCUGGAUAUGAUGUACUUAGAGAGUGUGCUACAAGAGGAACUAGCGUUAUGUAUGAUGAUGCGGUCAUCGAGGAAAGAACCUCCUGACUUGGCAGGAAUAAUGAGAGCAACCGAUGAUAUAAUAGAAAGCCUUGUUUGUCCUCCACCACCGACGGAACCUCCUGUUAUAAGCGAGGAAAUGAUUUCUGGUUUAAUUGUUCCGGCACCAGAUUGUUCAACUGCCAAGGAUCGAUUCUCAACUGAAUCGGAAAAUCCCACAUCUCCUUUGACGGACUCAGGAAUAAAAGGGAGCUCAAGGACCAACUCUUUCGAAAUAGAAAACUUACUGAAAACAGCUGAACAAGUCACUGGUUUCUGUAGGUCACCCAUCGAAACUCGAAAAUCCAGUCCCACAGGAAGUCUACAAAGUUUUACCUCUACCACUUUGUUCUCCUCAUCGAAACAACUUUCGGAUUCUGAAAAAUUGAGGAAAGUCAUUUUAGAGUUGGUAGAAACGGAAAGGGCCUAUGUGAAGGAUUUGACGAACCUUUUGGAGGACUAUUUACAACCUUUAAAAAAAGAAACCUUUCUUUCCAGCGCCGAGAUAAAUGCAUUAUUUGGAAACAUUUACGAAAUAGUAACCUUCCAGAGACAGUUCCUACAGAAUUUGGAAGAAGCACUAGAAUUAGAAACGGAAUUCCAUAAAUUCGAAUAUUUGAGUCAGUUCAGGAAUAUCCUCUUCUCCAUCGGAAAUGCCUUCCUCUACUACGUUAACCAUUUCAAAUUAUACAGUUCAUUUUGUGCCAGCCACAGUAAAGCACAGAAAGUUCUUCAUCCCAAUGAAGGAAACCAAGCACUUCAAGAAUUUUUGGCAGCAAGAAAUCCCAAACAGCAACAUUCCUCCACACUGGAAUCGUAUCUUAUCAAACCUAUUCAAAGAAUAUUGCGAUACCCAUUAUUACUGCAGCAUCUCAGAAAUUUAACUGAUCAUAACACCGACGAACAUCAGCAUUUAUUAGAAGCCUUGAAAGGAAUGGAAAAAGUUGCUGAACACAUCAACGAGAUGCAGAGAAUCCACGAGGAAUAUGGUGCGAUAUUCGACCAUUUAUUUCGACAACAUCAGAAAUCGUGCAAACAGCCGAUCGAUUUGAGCCCUGGAGAUCUUCUUUAUUACGGAGGUGUUGAAUGGCUUAAUAUUUCAGACUUCUUAGGAAAAAUAAAGAAAGGAUUAGAACUUCACGCAAUGUGCUUUGUGUUCAAGACCGCCGUUGUAUUUUUAUGUAAAGAGAGAUUGCGUCAAAAAAAGAAACUAAUGGCUGUGGCAAGUAAGACUUCAAGUUCAGAGGUGGAAAUAAUCAGGUAUCAAGUGCUUAUUCCUGUGACAGAAGUCCAAGUGAGAGCUUCCUCCGCAAAGGAUAUGGAUUCUCACUUCCUGUGGGAACUUAUUCAUCUUAGAAGUCAAUUACAGCGAAGAUCAGAGAAAGUUUAUGUCUUAUCGAACAGCACGGCGGAUUUCAGGAAUGCCUUCCUGAAAACAAUACGUCAAAUUAUCAGAGAAUCAGUGAGAAACAUGUCAAUUCCUUCUACAAAACCAGGAAGUGGACCUGGCAUUCUUCUAGUGACUGGACACAAAGCGGAAGGUUUAAGCAGUCAUACUCUCGAAAGACCAACUGCUAGACAUACUAUCGUUAUUGCCGGAGGAUCCCAUACUUUAGGAAAAGUGAAAAAAUCCAAACCCACUCAACGGCACUCUGCUGGAAAUAUAGAUUACGAUCAAUUAAACCAAGAUGGUGAUGAAAAUACACGGAACUUUAGAAGGAGGAGUAAGACUAUCACAGACGCACCAGAUACCAAAACGGAAAAUGAACAAGGUUUCAAGUCCGAGGGUGAAGAAGACUGCCAAUCGUUCAUGAAAACAAGGUCAUUAGGAAAAACACCAAAUCAUCUUACACUAAGCACUACCUCAACUUUGUCAGCAGGGAGCACCGGAAGUCAAGCGAAAUUGAUCCAAUCCUCUCAUAAUCCUGAAGACUUUCAGCCUGUUAAGACAGAUGAAUUAGGGUCGCCAGUGUGGAAGCCAAGAGACUGUAGUUUAGGGGCUACCUCUACCACUCUCCCGCGCAAGGGCAGAGAAAACUCCUCAACCAUUCUUAGUGCUUCGCAAAUGACACAAUAAAGUAUGGAUUUCAUAACUUGUUGAUCAUACCUCAAAAACAUAUUUCUUUUUUUGAUUUCCCCUCUUCUGAUGAUGUAUAAAUUUUAGAAAUAUUAACGUAAUUCGAAACAAUCAAGAAAUAAAUCAUUAAUGGAAGCGCUAGAGCAUUUUCAUAUUAUUAUUGAAUAUCAUACGAAUAUUUAGGAAAUACUUGAUACGUGCUAGAUAUAUCAAUAUAGGAACUAAAAUGUAUUUUUGGGGUAAGUAAAUUAGCAUAAUAUGUUGUUUUUAUCUUGGAAAUGAAAUCCAUAAGAAAUUUUCCUUGACAUUAUGUGAUGACCUCAUAGCAGCAAGAUUAUUGAAAACUUGUGAAUAAGGAGUUGAUUUCUAUUGAUUUUUCGGAAUAUAUAUUCUGUUUUCAAGUGGAAUAACCUAACUUAGGUGUUAAGAGAAGUAAACUUGUUGAUAUAGUUUGGUUUGAGUAUCAUGGAUAGAAGUUUUCAAAAAUGUUUUAUGCAAGCUGAGUAAUAAGUGGAAUGGGUAUGUUAUUCUCAAAAUAAAUUAUUUCCGCACAAAAGCUUCGAUUUGCAGAUUUUUUCAAGAAAGUCUUUGCAGGAACUUGUUGAAUCUAAUUAAGUAUAUGCGAUAUAAUCUACAUAACCCCGUUAAAAAUCUUAGUUAACUGAAUUGCUCAAUUCGAAACAAUUAACUGAUAAAUUUCCUGUAAGUAGUAUUGCAUAUGUCAAGUUUGUUAUCCACUAGUAAAUUACCAUCAAGAACAAUAUCAAAAUAGAAACAUAUAUAGAUAUUGGAUUUCGUUCAAAAUAUAAUUUCUAAUACUAUUCUUUCAUCUUAAAAAUUACUGUUUGUCAAUAGAUUUGAGUUUAUGGAAGAUAAUUAUUACAGGUGAAACUUCAUUCAAUAGAUGUUCAUUAAAAAUAAUUUCAAUGCAAGGAAAAUCAAGUAAAUCUGACCUACUUUUCUCCUUGAUCGAUAUCAAUCAUUUUUUUAGAAUGUGUUUGCAUUUAUAUUUUUGUAUAUUGCGUUUGUUUUUGGAAGAUAUUCAUUCAACUCACAAAUAAUAUUUCGUUAUAGAGCACUGUCUAACGAGAAGUUCCUUAAAUUGAGCUGAUCAGAAAUGACGGAUCAAUUGGGUGAGAAAAUUGUACUGGGAAGAUCUAGAUCAAAAAUUUCCUCAUAAACUUAUGUGCUAACAUAUACACAUUUGCUGUUGUUUCUUGUGAAUGAAGUUUUCAUCAAUAUUAUUUUUUACUACAUUUUCUGAUACUCCAUAUUGUGCCAAAUUUGACUUAAUAAUGUUAUUACUUCAAUUGAAUUGUAUUUUGUAAUAUUCUCUUCGAACAGCCUCUUUGCUCAAUACCUAUAACAGCAGUUAUUUUGGUUCAAUCUUCUUUCUACCUCCUAGGAAUUUAUUUAUAUCUGAGUGUAUGUUUGUUUAAAUGUAACUACAUAUGUAAGGGCGAGAAUGAAAGAUUUAAUAAAAUAUACAAAAAUGCAAAA